GGACUCCCCUUGUUUUUAAGUACCAAAUGCCGGUACUCCCCUUGUUAUUGAGUACCUCGUGCUUGUACUCCCCUUGUUUUUAAGUACCAGGUGCAGGUACUCCCCUUGUUAUUGAGUACCUCGUGCUUGUACUCCCCUUGUUUUUAAGUACCAGGUGCAGGUACUCCCCUUGUUAUUGAGUACCUCGUGCUUGUACUCCCCUUGUUUUUAAGUACCAGGUGCAGGUACUCCCCUUGUUAUUGAGUAGCAGAUGCAUGGUAUUCUGCUUGCUAUUGAGUGCCAGCAGAUACUGAGAGAUGCUGGUACUGCAUACAGGUAAUUACGACCCACCUCAAAUACUGGAGUGACUGUAGAGUGAGAAAUAGGAUAAACCACUUUGCUGUUGGUUUAAUCACGGGGGUUGGGACAAUGAAGUAUUGGGUUUGGUGUGUGACCAGCUUUAAAAACAUUUCUAGCUUUAUGGAUAUGUCAAGCAGGAAUGAAAACUUAACAGUGGGUGACAGUGAUUCCUAAGAAAAUUAACAAUUGUUAUGUGUGUUACACAACAGCAGCAGUAAUCUACGCCGGGUGAGUAAUGAGAAAAUUCUGCAGCGCAAUAAAAUCGAUGGUCAGAACAGUACGCCCCGAUGCUAACUGGAGCAACCAAAACAUGUCCUGUAAGGCAAGUAUAUUUAGAGCCAGUGGGCUUUGAGAGGAAAUGGAAGAGUAAACCCGCCCACAGAGGCGGCGGGGAAAGGGUGCGGCCGGGAACAGACCCCCACCAGAGCGCUAAUAUAGCGCCGGAGGACCGUCACAGUUCCACACGCAGAGGGAGGCGCUCUCCUCUCAAUCUGAGAGGUCAGCCUAGUACUAUAAAAGUCUAAAACAAACUUUAAAAAUAUUUCCCUUUUGUUGUUUUACUGUUCUUCCAUACCGGAGCUGUAGAUAAGAAGUCCGCGAUUACGCUUGCAUUUCGUUUAGGCUUCCGAGUCUGUAACUCUUCUAAAGUAGGUUUUAUGCCUAUGGCGCAUUUUACUCUGCUGUGCAGGUGGAUCGAUGCCGUGUCCUCCCCGUCCAGGCUAGGGGGUGUGCACAGUGAUUAAUGCGUGCGUUUGGUGUGGUUUUUAAAGGGGACGGGGGUCGAUCGUGAGAUCGCAGCGGAUAACAAAAACGACCUGGUUCGGUCCUGAGAAAGGCAAGGUUAAAUCGGCUCCGCCCACAUGUCUGGCGGCGGUUCAGUAUGGAUUGUGGUGGAUAUACUCUACGCAGGGUGUGUGUUUAAACGAUCACCGCACUUUGGCAAGUUAUGUAUAAAUCAUAACAAUCAGUAAUAAUAAAAAAAAACACCUGACAAUGUAUCACGGCUAUGAAUCACUGUUUAACGAUUCCGUCAUGUGCCAGUAUAAGUGCAUAGGAAAUCUAUAGGUACAUAGGAAAUUUUCGUAUGAGACCGAAACUCACAUUCGUCUCUGUUGUCAAACCUGGUGUAUUAAAAGGUGGGUUUUUGGGGGAGCCUAUGGUUUGAAUUAAUUAUUAAAUAAAAUGCAUGUUUCUGAAUGAGAAAUGUGACAUAUCCCACAUGUAGUUUCACAGGGGAAAGCGUGUUAGGUUAAUUACCAGGGGUGGGAAACUGAAGACGAUUCCAAAAGCCCCCGAGUGAUUAAUACUUAUACGGAUGUAUGGAGGGAGUAAUAGAUUUGAUAAAAUAACUUUUAUAUUAGCAGAGUAUAUUUUAAUUAUAUAUUUGAUAAUGCUGCGAUUACGAAAGAGAAUAUAGUCAGACAAUGAGGUAACAAUAUUCUGGCAAGCACUAUUUAAUAACUGACACAAUACAUGAUGUAACGCAAUCAAAAAAGUAACUCACAUUCCCGACAGAACAAUAGUCUCAUUAAUGAGGGCAGGAACCAGGUCAAUAUCCCAGGUCUUUCUCAAUCUGGUUUUAGGGUGUGACCCAUUUAGAUAUUACCUACUUUGUUCUACUUUACUUAUAAUGCAAUAACCUGUUCAACAUGAGUGUUCGACCUGGCAGAGGUUUCAGCGGAAAGCCCGGCUGAAAUGUAAGCGUGUUAGGUUACGUACGCAAUAUCCCUGUGUUUCUGAGAGAAUUUUAAUGUUCCUGGGAGGUGUGCAUGCGUUUGAAAGCUGUUGAGACCUGGGGCAUUAAUGACCAAGUGUCCAGCAGGGUCAGUGGUGGUAACUCGCCUCUGUUCUGCAGGAACCCCAACCAGUGAGAUCUGGCUGUUGGACACGACGCCCAACGAGUUGUACUCACUAUCUGACUGCAACUCGGACAUCUCCGGGGCCUGUAACGCGUCUGAUGCUUGGAACCCCGCCUUCCCGGACGACAACGCCACCUCCAACCAAUCGUACAACCCCUUAAUGCUCCUGACCCCGCCUAUGUUUGUCCCCCUGUACUCGGAUUGGAACACGGCCAUGGCCACGUGGGGUGUGGCAUGGGAGGCCCACAUCUACGGCCUGGGCUCUCUGUUCGCUGUGGUGGCUGCCCUUGCCGUGCUCAACCUGUCGUGCCUCCCCUUCCGGUGCCCGUCGGGUUGCGGCUACUUUGCGUUGGUCAGCCUCUUCCUGCUGAUUGCCGGGAGCAGCAGGGCCUUCUCCUUGUUCUAUGACGCCUACAGCCACCAGGACAAGCUGCCGGCAGCGGGGACCCUCCUCCUGUACGAGGCACCCUUCCCGUGCCUCACGGCCGCCUUCGGCAUAGUUUUCCUGCUGCUCUCCAUGCGUUCCCGGAUGCAGCUGUCCCAUUCCGUUCUCCAGCACCCCUGCUUCCUGGCUGUCCUGGUGCUGCUGCACUUCGCCACCACGUUUGGCUCGGUGGCCCUGCUCCAGGUCUUCACGCAGCUCCCCUGCCUCUUCUUCAUCUCCCAAGGGGCCUUCGUGGUCUUGGCGGCCUCCCUAGCCACCACCUACUUGGUCUUCUACUGCUAUGUGCGAGCUGACUCCAAGCACAUCUACCACCUCAACAACACAUCACCGCCCAUUGAGCGCUACAACCGCUGCCCCUUUGCCGACGCCAAGGACUGGGACCGGGCGGCCGCUACAGCCGUAUUCUCCUCCCUCUUCGUGCUGGCAUGCGCUGGCCUGCAGCUCUACGCCAUGCUCCAUGCACUGGGCUUGGGAGGUGCAGAGGUCUUCCUGCCCUGGCCCUGGUGGGCCUUCCACCUGAGCUGCCGCGUGUGCGAAGCCAGUGUGUGCCUGACGCUCUCUUUUGUCGUCAUGCACCCGCUCUGCUGCUCCAGCGACCUCCCCCAGCCCAGCUGCUGGCCCAAGGUCUUUCGCGGCCACCUCGCCAUGAAGUCGUCAGUGCUGCCCAACAAAUAUCCAUGGUCGCAGCAGGAGAAGCUGGUGAUCUGUGACACCAUCGCCCGUGGCGAAUCUGAGUGCCUGCCCCUCUAUGCACUGGUGGACCACCGCCUAGACAGUGUUGACGGGCUAGACCUCCUCUACCACAGCCACCAGGUGUUGGCCGCCAGAGACACAGACCACGUCAAGGCCAAAGCUGAUUCCUUGAAGUCCUCCUCAACCAGCCUGCACCUGGACAGUGACUCCACAGCAGACUUGAGGCCUCCCUCGCCCAUCAACCUUCGCCGGAGCAUCGAUGAAGCACUCUUCAGCGAGGCCCUCUUCCCCCAGAGCAUCUUCAGCUCCUUCAGCAACCUGUCUUUCAGCACCAAGCCAGCCUCCGACAGCCACUCCUUCUGGGAGAGCUCGGCUGACCGCAGCCUGUACCGAACUUCCUCCUGCACGGACGUGGAGGCCCCCCAGGCUCCGCCGGCUCCUUUGAAGGGCCCCACCCUGUCUGGGCACCGUACACAGGACGCAGCCUCCUUCUCCUCCUCCGCCGAUCACUGGCAUGGCAGCAACUCCAGCUCUGUGUUCCAGGCCUCGCUGGAUGGCUCCUCCCUGGUGCUCUGUUCGAGCCCGGAGAGACUGGGCCAGGGUACCACCCCCCCAGGCAGUGGCCGUGUCGGGCCCGGCCACCUUUCCCAGAGCAACCUCAACCUUCAAAGACGGUACCAGGUGUUGGGGUCAGCCUCACAGGAGAGCCUGCACCGGGACAACUCACAGGACCUGGCCAUCCAGGCAGAGUUCAUUAGUGCGUGUCGGCAGAUUGAUACUCUCAGUGUCUGCAGCGACACCAUUGACCUGUAGGUGGGGCAAUCACAUGGACAAUGCAGACCGAGAAGCACCAGGACUCACUGGGGUGCCUAAAUAUAGCGAAGGUCUGUAGCCAAGGUGCUAUUGUUUAGCUCUAUCCCUCUGCUCACAAUUAAAAAAUAAAUAAAUAAAAAAACACCAACCAGCACACUGUCAUGGACCAUGUAGCAUUGCCGAAACGCUAAGCUUCCUGAAUCCCAGAUUUGGACCCCCCCCACUCCUAGAAUUCCUGGGUUUUAAUCCUUGAGGGUUUUCAUUCCAAGUGGGUGGACACCGGACCUAAUGGAAACAGGAAUGUGUCGCAAAAGUGCCAUGGGAUGAGACGCCAAGAGAAAUUUUCUUACAUUUGUGUCUCAAAUUGGGAGACUGAUUUUUUUUUCCUAUUCAAAAACACAUUUGUACAGUUCUAUACAUUUUACCAAGACUUAAAUAAUACUGUGAUAAAGCACUUAAAGAAUAAUUUAAUUCAGUAUCCAUAAAUAACUUACUAGAUACAUUGUACUAGAAAUUAUAUAAGUAAAAACUAUUAUUACAAAAUAAGGUUUUGAAAGGUAAAAACAAAAAAAAAAAAUCGCCACUGUUAUGAUUUAAUAAACACUGACAUCCUAUCUGUUCCGCAUUGUCAUUUCCAAACGGAACAGUAUUACUUUUGUAACGGUUAGAUGCUUAAUGUAACGAGGAAGAAAAUAUCAGCAGUAUUGUAGCAGCGCACCAUUGCCAUCUACUGGAGACCUGCAAGGCCACGUCACCAUGUGCUUUAUUUAAAAUAUUUGUUAUAACGUUUCUUAACGCCCAUUUCACUUUAUAUUAAAAAAAGAUUUAUUUUCCAGUUUUAGAUUUAUUGUGCCAUUUACUCGUAAGUCUUCUCUGCGUUGUUAAAUAGGCAUUGAAUAUUUUCUACAUGGGGAGUUAAUUUAUUGUGCUAUUAUGUGCAUGUUUUAAAAUGUUUACGGAAAAAAUAGCUGAUUUCUAUUGUGAUAACGUAUAUGGGGAAAAGCUUUCAGUGAUAUGCUUCUUUCAGAAUGGUGUUCAUUUCCAAUAACAAAUAAAAGAACUUCACAGAA